GUAAUUUAGUUCCAAAAUCUCCGCUACGAGUCGCCACUACACAUAACGAAAACUGAACUUCCAAAAGUCACAUGUACCACAUGCAACGAUACGAGACGAGUGCGAAGUUGAGUGAUACAUAAACGGUUAUUUGUAAAACGUUAAAUAUUUGAAGUGAAAUAUGGCUAAUAUCUUUGAUAGUAUAAUUUCUACUCUCGACAAUGUUGGAUCCCUGCAAAGUUUACAAACCAAACAAAAUGUACUGGAUCUAAGGGAUAUUACAAAAAGUCUUUAUGAUUUCACAAAGAAGCAAUCUUGCAGAAAAUCAAAAGCAUUGCCUGAAUUGAUUCUGGGAAAGUUUACUGAAGAACCAAUUUGGCAGCAACUGGAGUUGCAAAAUGAAAGCGAAUUGACACAUUUUUCAGAAGAGAUCCCAAAAGUUUUGGCUGACAAGAAUAGACUAGCAAUUCCAGUGACUUCUACAAAACCUGAACUAAUUCAAUUUGAGAGCAAAGUCUUGUCUGAUGAUAAAGAAGAAGAAGAUGAAAAUACAAAGACAAAAAGUAUUUUAAAGAAAAAAAAACCUGAUACAAAAAAGAAAAAGUCUUCUAUUGUGGAUGACAAAUUCUUCAAGUUGCAAGAAUUAAAUGAAUACCUUAUUAAAGAAGAGAGAAAGGAAAAGCAUGGAAGGAAGGACGAUGAAUCUGAAGAUGAAUUAGUCGACAUGUUUCACGAUUUUUCCGAAGAGGGAGAUGUGAAAUAUGUGGACUUCUUUGACAGUCCUGCUUUAAGCGAACAGUCUGAGGAAGAAGGCUCUGACGGUGAAGAUGGAGGAAUGGACGAUGGUGAAGACGAGGAAGAAGAGUAUGAAUCAUCAAGCAAAAAAGUAAAAUUUAAUCUUACCAAUGAUUCGGAUGAGACGGACAGUUUGGAAAAUAAAGUUGGACAAAAGGAAGGGAAAGAAGAAGACAAAAAUAUGGGACCGAAGUCUUCCUUGGAGACUCGCCAGGAGAGAUUGCGCACGAAAAUUCAGGAAUUGGAGGAAGAAACGAUCAGCGAGAAGCCAUGGCAGCUGAAGGGUGAAGUAAGCGGUCUUCAUCGUCCGCAGAAUUCCUUGUUGGAGGAGUUUGUGGAGUUCGAUGUAACUACGAGGCCUGCUCCUAUAAUCACCGAGGAGACUACCAUGAAGCUGGAGGACAUAAUAAAGCAGCGAAUCAAGGACAAGGCCUGGGAUGACGUCCAGAAGAAAUUCAAGCCGGUUGAGACUCCGUUGGAGUACAAGAAGAAGGUGGUAAUGAAUCAGGAAAAGAGCAAGGAGAGCCUGUCGCAAAUCUAUGAGAACGAGUAUCUGAAGCAGAAACAAGCGUUAAAUCCGGACGAGGAGAAGGAGGAGGUGGUGCCGCAGUUACAUCAUGAGAUUCAAAGAGAAAUGCGCAAGCUAAUGUUAAAUUUGGACGCGUUGUCCAAUUAUCAUUAUACUCCUAGGCAGAUUAAACCUGAGAUCAAGAUUAUUAGCAAUCUACCAGCUGUUAAUAUGGAGGAAGUGGCGCCUGUCGCGACCAGUGAUGCUGCUAUGUUAGCACCUGAGGAAAUCAAAGCUAAACUGCGUGGCGAUCCGGUCGGUAAAUCGGAGAGGACUAAGACCGACAAGAAGCGUGAGAGAAGGCGGAAGAAAUUGCGGCAACGAGCCAAGCAGAGGGCGAUGGAGGAGAAAGAGAAAUUAAGAGCGUUGAAACCGGGAAUCGCCAAGAAGUACAAGAAGGAAAAUGCCGCGUUGUUGAAGCAGCUGACUAAAGACAGGAACAUCACCAAGUCGGACGAGACGAACCAGACAGUCGCCAAGUCCUCUACUGCGUUCUUCACGCAGUUGCAAAACCAAGUUAAGACGAAAAUCGGCCCCACGCCCAAGAAGAAAGACAAGAAGACACUGUCGGCUGUGAAACUCAAGUUGUAACGUAACUCUUGUAAAUAGUUUUGUAAAUAGUUACAAUACAAACAUUCUUAUGUAACGUU